GGUCAAGCCACCAUGCUGCCGUCUGCUUUGCUGUUGGCUGCGUCUUCCUGUUGAUUCCGUCUACCCCGUCUCCGACAAUGCUCGAUUUCAUGGAUUACAUCCAACUCGCGUUCGCCGAGGCGACGAAUUGGAACCGCGACAAUUCGUACUCGUCCCUCACUGCCACGGCGCAAUCCCUCCUCGACUUUUCCACCCCCGAGCGUCUCCGCGUCCACCUCUCAUCCCUCUCCACUCCGCACUUCGCGACAAGCUACACCCUCGGCACCGUCGGCCUGAUCGAUGGCUCAGUCUCCUACCUCUUCAGCACCGCGCCCCUCGACCACACCCCCAGCCGAAGCUCCCUGAUUCCCCUCCGCAAACUCUCCCCAGGCUACCGUCAAGUCCAAGCCCCCAUCGCCCCAGUCCAGACCCUGACGGCCGACACAAUCCUCGACGACGCCAACCUCAGCAGCAAUAGCAACAAUGGCACCACCAACAAAAAAGCCACCCUCUUCCACGCAACCCUCCACCUCCCUCCCCCCAGCACCCUAAACGCCCUCUUUCUGCGCCGCAUCUCCCCCACCAUGCAGCUCACCCUGGCCGUCUGCUCCACACGCGGCCCCCCGCUCUCCAAAUCCGCCCCGCAGGCCUCCCUCCUCACCCAACUCUCCCAUAACACCGGCAAAUACAGCAACGAGUACCUCUUCAGCACCGAUAACGCCCUCUUCGGCUGGCGCGGGCUCUGGAACUUCGGCCCGGAUCCCAGGGAUGUCUCUGCCUCGGGCUCCCCGCCGUCUCGUCUAUCCCUCCUCUCCGCCGGCGCAGAGGCCUACUACUCCCCUGUAUCCUCGCUAAUCGGCAUGUCCACCGGUCUGCGCUUCAGUACCCUCCCUGCUGCAACCGAUCUCCCUUCCUCAUCCUCCUCACCCACCCACCCCAACACAUCAUCAUCAUCAUCAUCAACAACAACAACCCCAAUCUCCACCUUCCCCUACACCCUCACCCUAACCCUCACCCCCCUCACCGGCUCCCUCUCAACCACCUACUCCCUGCGCGCCUCCCCCAACCUCGCCUUCAGCUCCCGCUUCGGCUUCAACGUCUACAGCUGGGAAAGCGAAAUGGUCGCCGGCUGCGAACUCUGGCGCAAGCCACGACGUAGUGCCAUCCCCGACCCCGCCAACGACGACGGUCUCGAGUGGGCGAGACGCAAGAUCCGCGAAAGCGUGUUUCCCUCCAUUGGGAUCUCGACCGCUCCAUCAGAAAACGAGAAGGUGAAUGGGAAGGAACAGGAGGAGGAUGAAUCCGUGCUGAAGAUAAGGGUCGAUCAGUCGUGGAAUGUACGGCUGCUGUGGGAGGGGAGGGUCAAGGAGUUGCUUGUUAGUGCGGGGGUGGGCUUGGGGCCGAGUUCGUUUUCUUCGAAUUGUGGUGCUGCUGGAGGGGGAGGUGCUGCUUCCGGUGCUGGUGGGGGACAGAGUGCUGGGGGUGGCGGGUUGGGGAAGUCGUAUUGGAGUGGGGUGGGGGUUUCGGUGCUUUAUUCGUCGUGA